AUUUACACACUUGGGACACGUUGGCACUAUAAUUUGGCGAACCCAUUGGUUUGCGGAAUCAUUUACAAUUCACUUCGAUGCGUCCCCAGCGCAGUUUGUCGCAACCUUCGUCCGGUGCUGAUGUGUCUGUGAUGGAGUUGCCGAAUGGAUCCUCCCAAUACUCCCACAUUCCGUCGUCGUCAUCCCGGGACAUGCUUCCGACAAACAGCUUUCAGGGCGGCAAAAGGUACAGUGAAACCAAGGCCACGCUGAUCAAUUUAUACACGGGAGCGCCAGGCACGUUGCUGGGAGCAGGCCUGGGACUGUUUCUUGGCUACUUAGUCACGCUAGACUCCGUGUAUCCAGCAUUGCGAGCAUACGACGCCCGCAACAACAAGCCCAUCGAGCGCUACCUACUCCAGCCAGGCAGAAUGUACCUUCGAGCGCUCACGUGCGUGGCGAUUCCGUUUGCGUUUCUAAGCUUGGUGCUGGUCGCUGCUGAAAUCGCGUCGUCAUCACGGACGGGCGUUACGAAGCUAGGCUUGCGGGUCAGCUUGCUGUCGAUGCUGACGUCGUUCAUGGUCGCGCUUCAAGGCGUGUACAUUGGCUCGUUGGUGGCUCCAACCUUCGACGGCACCCCGUACUACUUUCGCAGCCCCAACGUGGCCUUUCAGUGCCCCACUCCCACACGAACAAGUCUGUUUCUAGACCCAAAGGCGAACAACUCGAUGGUGUGCAGUCGGACCAACCAAACCGUGUUUUCAUUUGGCGAUUCGAGACGCCUGCCGUAUCUCAUCGGACCAACCGUGAAUCGAUUUGUGGUUUACAAGUCCACAAUCGACGAAAUCUCAAGCGUGCUCUUGAACCUCACUCCCACCAACUACAUCGAGACUACCAACACCAAUAUCAUGGCCGUGGCCCUUGGCGCGGUGGCGACCGGUGUCGCCAUCGGCAAGUACGUGACCGGGUUCAAAUCCAACCCGACUCUUAACCACUCGAUCGUGCCUGUGCUGCGGGAGCUCGUCGCCGUCUUCGAAAUCAUGACGUCGUGGAUUGCCAUGACCACCCCCCUGGCCCUCAUCUCGCUCGUGGCGGGGUCCAUCUACGCUGGUACGCACAACGUGUUUGAUUCAGACAAGGCGACGAAUGGUGUCGUGGGGCUGUUGUGGUACAUCUUGGCGUUUGUGGGGGUGUCCUUGGUGCAUGCUGUGGUCGUGCUGCCGGUCGUCACGUACAUCGGGUCGCGCGGUCGCCUCUCGCCCCUGCGUUUUAUGUGGCAGAUGCGAGGCGCUUUGGGCUAUGCCAUCCAUUCGUCGUCGUCCCGGAGAAGUAUCAGUGUGCUGCUUCGAACCCUCGAACGCGUGGUGGGCCAGCCGUCUGCCUCUACGAGGUUUGCCAUUGGCGCCGGGGCCACGAUGAACAAGAACGGUGGGGCCCUGUAUGUGGCCAUGUCCGUGAUAUUUUUGUUUUCCAACGGUGGUUUGCAAGACCGUUUCUCUGCAACCAAGGUGGCGUUGCUCGUGGUGCUGGCCACUUUUGGGUCUUUGGUAGUCACUCCCGUGCGUAACGGAGGCGUUGUCGUGGUCAUCUGCGCCUGUGCGAUGUUGACAGGGCUUGCCCCACCGUAUGCCAUCAACUUUAUGCUGAUUGCCGAAUGCAUCAUAGACCCUGUGGCGACGAUGCUCAACGCGUGGGGCAAUGUACUCAUUGCUCGCUUAGUCAGCGAAUCGUAGAACGACUAACGAGUAAUAACUUAUUGCUGAUUAACGUGGA